UUUAGGUUAAGUCAUUCAGGAGUAGUUUAGAAUGAAGUUUCUUCUAUUGACACUGGUCCUGCAGGCCACUGCUUCUGGAGCUGUUCCCUUGAGUGAGAAUACAAACACUGGAGAAAAUGUGGAAUUUGCUCUAAGGUACUUGAACGACUAUUAUGACUUGAAGUUGGAGAAAAGCACAAAAAUGAAAGUCAGUAAUGACUACAUGGAGAAUAAAAUUCAAGAAAUGCAGCAGUUCUUGGGGCUAAAAGUGACUAGGCAACUGGACACAUCUACUUUGGACAUGAUGCACACACCUCGCUGUGGAGUGCCUGAUGUUUAUAAUUUUAGGAUAAUGCCAGGGAGGCCAGUAUGGAAGAAACAUCUUAUCACCUACAGAAUCAAUAAUUACACUCCUGACAUGAAGCGUGCAGAUGUUGCCUAUGCUCUCCAAAAAGCGUUUCAAGUAUGGAGUGAUGUGACCCCUCUGAAAUUCAGAAAGAUUAAUGCAGGCGAGGCUGACAUUAUGAUACUUUUUGCACGUGGAGCUCAUGGAGACGGGGUUCCUUUUGAUGGCAGAGGUGGAAUCGCAGCUCAUGCUUUUGGCCCUGGAACUGGUAUUGGAGGAGACACACAUUUUGAUGAGGAUGAAACCUGGACUAAAAGCUGGAGAGGCACCAACUUGUUCCUUCUUGCUGUUCAUGAGUUUGGCCAUGCCUUGGGUCUUAAUCAUUCCAAAAAUCGAAAGUCCAUAAUGUUCCCCCACAUGAUCAACCGUUAUCAUAACCACAACACAUUUCACCUCUCUGCUGAUGACAUACGUGGCAUUCAGUCUCUCUAUGGAGGUCCAGAAAAGGACCACGACUCAUCAAACAAUACAGAAUCAACUACCUGUGACCCCAGUUUGAGAUUUGAUGCUAUCACUACAGUGGGAGAAAAAAUCUUUUUCUUUAAAGACAGUUCCUUCAGGUGGAAGAUUCCUGAGAGUCCAAAGAGUGGUGUUAGUUUAAUUUCUUCCUUAUGGCCAACCUUACCAUCUGGUAUUCAGGCUGCUUAUGAAAUUGGAGCCAGAAGGCAAGUUUUUCUUUUUAAAGAUGAUAAGUACUGGUUAAUCAGCAAUUUAAAACCACAGCGAUGCUACCCCAAGAGCAUACAUUCUUUGGGCUUCCCUGACUUUGUGAAAAAGAUCGAUGCAGCUGUUUUUAACCCACUUCUCUAUAAGACCUACUUUUUUGUAGAUUAUCAAUAUUGGAGGUAUAAUGAAAAGAGGAAAUUAAUGGACCCUGGUUAUCCCAAAUUGAUUACUACAUACUUCCCAGGAAUUCCGCCUAAAAUUGAUGCAGUCUUCUAUUAUAAGAGACACUACCAUUUUUACCAAGGAUGUAACAUAUUUGAAUAUGAUGUCCUGUCUAAUCAUGUCACCAAAAAGCUGAAAAACAAUGGCGAGUUUGGAUGUUAGGAAUGGCGGGCCCUGCUAAGAGCUCCAUCCCCCUCCUAUCGGAGCUAUCUCCACCGGCACCAUAGUUCGAGGCCUCCCCGUCAAAACAAUGUUGAACGAUCACAGCUGCUAGGGACGUUCUGCCUGGCACCCCGGCCAGAUUUAACCAAUCCCUAGCGUUGCAAUAGCAAUAGCGC